CCCGUCUGCAGGCCCCUGCAGUGAGAGCGGCGCAUCUGGAGGAGAGCUGGCCGGCCGGGGAGGUGGAGGACGGGGAGAGAAGAGGAAGGAGGCUCCGGGAGCAAGCGAGACAAAAAGGGUCAGGCCUGGGACUUGGGAAAAAUCGGGAGAGCAGAGAGAAGAGGGAUCAUCUCUCAUUUCUUUAUUUUUUGUUUUCAUUUUUUGACUUUAUUUCCGCCCGACAUCAGACCAUCAUCACCCGCAAAGCAACCCUUAAGAAUCUCAGCGAUGCCGUCCAACACUGUCACCAAUGCCAACACCGCCGCCGCAUUCAAAGGCUCAGACUUCACUGAUUCACCUGGAAACAGAAUGGGUGAGAGCACAAUACUGGACAUGGACCUGAUGGCCGAGGAGAAGUCGACUCAAAGUGGUGCCUCUUGUAAGGUUGGCAAACCCGGAAGGAAGCGCAAACAGUUUGCAGUGGAGAGCGGCUCUCUCCGAGACAGUGUGGGCAACAGCUACUCCGGGGUGGGGAGGCCGUCCAUGGCACUGAUCCACAAUGGAGACAUGGGCGGGCACAGAGACAGGAUGUCCGAUGCCUGCUUCCCCAAACAGGAGAAGAGGGAAGUGGAGAACGGGAUCCCCAGAGAGCUUUCCUCCUGCCGGGCCGAGGACAGCUCCCAGGGCCGGAGCCUGAGUCCCUCCCAGGAGAACGGAUUCCUGCCCAGCCGGGAAGAGCAGGACUCGGAGAAAGACAAGGACGACAGCCUGAUGACGCCGCGCAAGAAAAGAGGGAGGCGGAAACUGGAGCGUCCAACGAAAUAUGUGGAGCACAAGGAGGAGGACGGGAGUGAUGCAGUCAAGACCGAGGCAGGUCGAGGCAGGCUGCGAGGGGGAGUUGGUUGGGAGAUCAGCCUUCGUCAGAGGCCCAUGCCCAGAAUAACCUUCCAGGCUGGUGACCCUUAUUACAUUAGCAAGCGGACCAGAGAGGAGUGGCUGGCCAAGUGGAAGAUGGAGGCAGAGAAAAAGGCCAAACUGAUGUCAGCGAUGAACGCCAUGAAGGAUCACGAGGAGAGCGAACCCGAGACCCAGAAAGAGGAGGUCUCAAUAAUCAAGCACCCGCAGCCUUCAAAGCAGCAGCAGCAGCUUCUGCAGCCUCAGUCUCAGUCGCACACUCAGUCUCAGCCUCAGUAUCAACAGCAAUCACAGCCCUCGCUGCCGCAACAGCAGCAACAUCAGCAACAACAUCAGCAGCAGCAUCAGCAGCAACCUCCUCCUCCUCCUCCUCCUCCUCAGCAGCAGCAGCAGCCUACUGACCCGGCUUCUCCCACCGUGGCCACGACCCCUGAACCCGUCGCCAUCGGAGGAGGAGACAAGACAUCCCCAAAGUCUGCAGACACUGAGCCCGAGUAUGAGGACGGUCGUGGUUUUGGCAUUGGUGAGCUGGUUUGGGGGAAGCUGCGAGGAUUCUCGUGGUGGCCAGGCCGCAUCGUAUCCUGGUGGAUGACGGGACGGAGCCGAGCUGCCGAGGGAACCAGAUGGGUCAUGUGGUUUGGAGAUGGAAAAUUCUCAGUGGUCUGUGUAGAGAAACUCAUGCCUUUAAGUUCCUUUAACAUUGCCUUUCACCAACCAACUUACAAUAAGCAGCCCAUGUACAAGAAAGCCAUCUACGAAGUGUUGCAGGUGGCUAGCAGCCGGGCAGGAAAAGUCUUCAUGGCCUGCCCUGACAGUGAUGAAACAGAAACCUCCAAAUCAGUGGAAAUGUUGAACAAGCAGAUGAUAGACUGGGCGAUGGCAGGAUUUCAGCCCACUGGACCCAAAGGCUUGGAGCCACCAGAGGAGGAGCGUAACCCUUACAAAGAGGUCUACCCUGAGAUGUGGGUGGAGCCCGAAGCAGCCGCCUACACGCCUCCUCCAGCCAAAAAGCCUCGCAAAAGCACAGCAGAGAAACCCAAGGUCAAGGACAUCAUUGAUGAGAGGACACGAGAGCGCCUUGUUUAUGACGUGAGACAAAAGUGCCGCAGCAUAGAAGACAUCUGUAUCUCCUGUGGAAGCCUGAAUGUUAGCCGUGAGCACCCUCUGUUUGCCGGGGGAAUGUGCCAGAGCUGUAAGAACUGCUUCCUGGAAUGUGCGUAUCAGUACGACGACGACGGCUACCAGUCGUACUGUACUAUCUGCUGCGGGGGACGAGAGGUGCUCAUGUGCGGAAACCACAACUGUUGUCGGUGCUUCUGUGUGGAGUGCGUGGAUCUGCUGGUCGGUCAGGGAGCCGCUCACGCCGCCAUCAAGGAGGAUCCGUGGAACUGCUACAUGUGCGGUCAGAAGGGAGUGUACGGUCUGUUGGAGCGUCGCACCGACUGGCCCAGCCGUCUGCAGCACUUCUUCGCCAAUAAUCACGACCAAGAUUUUGAUCCACUAAAGCUUUACCCCCCAGUCAUGGCGGAGAAGAGGAGGCCUAUUCGCGUCCUGUCGCUGUUUGACGGCAUAGCAACAGGGCUGCUGGUGCUAAAAGACCUGGGCAUCCAGGUGGAUCGCUACGUAGCCUCUGAAGUGUGCGAAGACUCCAUCACAGUGGGCAUCGUCCGGCAUCAGGGUCGCAUCAUGUAUGUGGGCGACGUGAGGAACGUCACGCGCAAACAUAUACAUGAGUGGGGUCCCUUUGACCUGGUUAUAGGUGGAAGUCCAUGCAACGACCUCUCGAUAGUCAAUCCUGCUCGGAAGGGUCUUUACGAGGGCACCGGUCGCCUCUUCUUCGAGUUUUACCGGCUGCUCCACGAGGCUCGGCCGAAGGAGGGUGACGACCGGCCUUUCUUCUGGCUCUUUGAGAACGUGGUGGCCAUGGGGGUCAGCGACAAGAGGGACAUAUCUCGCUUUUUAGAGUGUAACCCAGUGAUGAUCGAUGCCAAGGAGGUGUCCGCCGCCCACCGCGCCCGUUACUUCUGGGGAAACCUUCCUGGCAUGAACAGGCCCCUGACUGCCAUGUGCAACGACAGACUGGACCUCCAGGACUGUUUAGAACACGGGAGAACAGCGAAGUUUGACAAAGUGCGGACCAUCACCACCAGGUCUAACUCCGUCAAGCAGGGCAAGGACCAGCAUUUCCCCGUCUACAUGAACGAGAAGGAAGACAUCCUGUGGUGCACUGAGAUGGAGAGGGUCUUCGGCUUCCCUGUCCACUAUACGGACGUGUCCAACAUGAGCCGGCUGGCGAGGCAGAGGCUCCUGGGCCGGUCGUGGAGCGUCCCGGUUAUCCGCCACCUGUUUGCACCACUUAAAGAUUACUUCGCCUGCGUCUGAGCGGCAACGAACGGGCCGCUCCGAAGCGUUUUUAGGAACCACAGCACGCCACGUUGCGACUAGAAAAACGAGAGCCUUGAUCCUCAAAUUAUACGCCGGUAUAAUUUGCGCGCGAAAACAUUUCGACGUAGAUUUCACAUUAUUUCUUGUAUUUUGAAUUGUAAUUCUUAUUCUAUUUAAUUUUUUGAUAUGUCAUUUUACCUUUUUAGCAGUGUUAUCAAGUAUUGUUGAUUUGUUUUGUGCAAGCUAUACUUGAGACUAUGCUUUCUUCUCGAGACACUGAGACAGCAAAGUGCUACACAUGUAAAAGAGGAGGGUUCGAGCGACGGGGAAACACCGGGAAGGGAGGAGAUUAGUGUUUUUAAAAAGAUAUGUGAAAUGUUUCUGCUGUGUGAGCGCACUGCGAGAUUCCCACCUGCAGUGCGGCCAUGCUUCCAGCUACUGAGCCUCACAGAUGUGAAGAGAAAAAGGCGAUUUUUUUUUUUCAUUUUUUUUGUUAUUAUUUUAAAGUGUCAGGAGAGCCGUGUCUCUGAGAAUCCAAAACACCAGAUCACAUAUACCUCUUUGUUUACAGUUUCUAUACACAACUGAAGGUAAUAAAGGUACUACUGUAAUAUGGUUACAAUACCAUGGUGCUCCAAAAUGAUGAGAAACAUCAUAGCCCAUGUGGCACCGAGACUUUAUUAGGACAAUACGGAGCUCUUUAACCUGUUGCUGGAAAAAAAAACGUGUUUUUAUCGAUUCAAAAAAGAUCACUUCUGUUCCGUUUUUGUUCACUUCCAAUGGAGUGACACACAUCAGACGACUGCGAAAUAGAGUUCAUCCUCUUUUUCUGCGAUUUUACAGCUUUUAUACAGUUUCUAGUGGUGCUCAUUGAAACUCUCAGCCUUGCUACGCUCAGGCGCUCCAGCGCCUGGAUCUGCACAAAACAGAGAGUGAAGCUAAAGCCACAUGGGAAAUGAUGUUUUCUGUCAUUCAAAAAGUGUAAAAAAAAAAAAAAAAAAGCUAAAAAAAAAUCAAAGUCUGUGGUGAGCUACUUUUCUAGUUUCAUCCUGACCAAUGACAUUACUGUACAACUGUUAGUAAGCGUGGCGGCUUAAACUUCCACGUCUCGAAACUGAAAAAAAAAAAGCAACUGUCAGGUGCAAAAUCCUCAACGAUAUGGUGCGGCUUCACAAAGUUCUUCUACCUUUUUAUAGCAAUUUUGUGCUGUUUUAUCAACAUUAUAAAGCACUUUUAUAUGUAUACUUUCUUUUUUUCUUGGUAUUUUUUAAAAAAAGAUAUUGGUUCUUGUGAAUUGUUUUUGUUUUUUUGGGUUUUUUGUUUAGUUUUAUGAUGUGAACUGAUCUACCCUCGUGUAAUACUUUUUGUAUACAGUAGGGCUGUGCCAAUAGAAGUGGAAAGAAUGGAUUUUGAUAUGUGAAACCCAUGUUAUUGGACUUGGUGUACAGUCGGUAGAUGGAUUGACAUUUGUAAACCCCCUUCCCCCUUCUUUUUUCAUCCAUAUUGGUCUCUGUUCGGAAGCAGUGAUGCAGUAUGUUUUCACCCAAAUUCAAAGAAUGUCUAUCUCUAUUAUGAUUGUAACAUUUAAGACAGAGUUAAAGAACUGUGUCGUCUGCUUUGUAUUAUAUUCUUUUGUCCCUUGUGAAGGACAGUCAGGCCUCUGCCACUUCACCGAUUAACCGUCAUGUUGGCAAAUUAGUCUCAGUCCAAAAUUUGGAUUACAUUCACCAAACUUGGGCCCCAUCCACAUGAAGACAAAACGCUUAACAGUUUCAAAAACGAUCGCCAUAAAGACGAAGGCAUCUCAGAAAAUGUGUGCAUCUACUAGCUUAGCCGCACUAGACCCAGGUCUGAAGACACAAGGGUCUAGGAACUCUCGAAAGGGAGGGAGGCGGGCUAAAAGGUUGUCUUUCAAAUCACUCUGCGGCAAUUGGGUAGGUAUACAACCAAUCAGCGCAACGAAUAGGCUCCUAGAGCGCCGGAAAUCAGAGGAUGUGGUAGUUCGGUGAAGCCUUAUUUAUACAGUCAAUGGGUGAAGCUCAAGUAUAUUACAGACAUGAGUCGGUGCUAAUGGAGCUCAACGACUGUUGUCGACCCUGGCAGAGAAUUUAAAUUCAUUGCCGUGGGUUGUCUAGCGCGGCUGGGCUUGUUGUUUCCGGUUGUUUCUGUCAGAAUCGUCGCGCCUCUGUCGUCACUUAGUUACGCCCGCCUUCUGACUCUACACUUCAUGGUGAUUCUUCCGGCCAGUUUUAGGAGCAUCCAACCUCGAGGCUUACCGAGGGUAACUAGACCCACCCUGGCAGAGAAUUAAAUUCGUUGCUGUGGGUUGUCUAGGCUAUGCGUCUACAUGAAUGCACUUGAUACGCAUGGAAAUGCUGUAAAACACAUGCCAGACCUCUAGGGGCGCUGUAACGAUAUGGCGGAAACACACGCAAACAGAAGAAAAAACAGUGGGCAUGCGCACUUGCGGCAAAAGUUGUAAAAAGAGACCAAACCGGGAAGCAUGAGUGGGCAACUCGGUGGUGAUUGAGAAGAAGGAGAUUUUGCUGCAGCAGGGAUAGUAGGGUCACUAGCUUCAUCAACACAUUUGCUACACUGUACGCCGCCAUUGUUGUUGUCGUUGCAGCGUGUGGCAUAUGCGUGUCAAUGAAGUUAUGAAACUGCGCAUGCGUGUCAAUGAAGAUACGAAACUAUGACGCAAGCGUAUCUGAAAAGUAGCGGAGAACCAGUAAACACAGAGCUGCAUAUACGGCGUUUCGAAAUCUUUCCACUCUGGAACCUGGUUUCAAAAAUGAUCAUUUACAGACCCCCAAAACGCCGUCUUCGUGUGGAUGAUACGCAGAUUCUGCAAGAAACUUAUGCGUUUAGACCUCAGUUUGUCUUCAUGUGGAUGGGGCCUAAAUUCUCUUGAUUGUAACCUCCAAGUUAAUUAUGGAGGAUUUAGGCUGCGGUUUUGUCAAAACGUAAAACUGACGCAGUGUUCGGCGAAGACGUCGGCACUCAAAGAGGGUAAUAAAAAACAGAUGUAUAUCAUAUUUAAGAGUCUAAAUUUGAAAAUUUACUUUUCUUAAUGUAAUUAAUUUCUUAAGUGACCUUAUCGCCAUCAUUUUUGUCCACACGCGGGGCUCAAUAAGAGCUUUGAUAUUUUAACCAGAUGUUAUUCCCCCUCUUCCUCCUAUAAUACGUAACAUCCCCUUCACGUUUGUACAUUUUGUACAUAGUUUUUCCGGUUGCUGUUUUUGUUCAUGUCAUUUUUAAAAAUUUUUUUUAAUUACGUAUGAGAUGUACAAAUAUAAUUCUUUGCUAAUAUAUAUCAUCAAAUUAGAAAUCUUUAGGUUAAAACUGAAAAAAAAUCAAGUGACAAAAUUGAUUCAAAACCAUGCUUUAAGCAUUAGAUUGUAGGGAGACUCCAAGUCAAAUGUUUUUUUUGUUUUGUUUUUUUAAAAUCAUUCUGAUUUGUUUGUGUCAAGUGAAUCCAGAUCUGACGUCGUGUGAUUUUAAAAUAUCGGCCCAUGGCCAGCUUUAAGAUGAACGGUCUCAACUUCGCUGCACAGCCCUACAAUGGUGGUGUUUUUUGCUUCUGUUUCCUUUUGUAAGACUUUAAAAAGAGGGAUUUUAGGUGUUUCCGAUGGUGCUAAACAUUUUAUCUAAUCAAGAAAAAUAUAUUUGAUUGGAAGAGAAAUAAACACGUCUUGACGAUGACUGUUUUACGUUCCUUGUAGUAAUGGAAAAGAACUAUUAUUUCACUCAUAUAAAUAUAUUAACAAAGGCAUUUUAACUUUGUACUUGAAAAAAUAAGGAUAACAAAUAAUGAAAGGUUUCCUAUAUUGUUUUAGACUAGAGAUUGCUGUAGUUGGUGCUUAUCUGUGGGAAAAUCGUGUGCGGAUAAAAAAAAAGAAAAAGAAAAAAAAACAGUAAGAAAUUUUACUGUAGCAUAAUGUAUGCUUAAUACGCAUUGCUUCUUAAUCCUACAUUCCAUGCCGUAAUAUUCUCCAUGUCUGUUUUCCGAAUGUUGUUUUUGAAUUGAUGCUUUUUUCUUUUCUUUCUUUGUUUUUUUGUUUUUGUUUUUUGCUUUAUCUUUAUCAGAAACAUUUCAUUAUACUGUUCAACGCAGGUCAAUUCUUCUAUAUUUGGUGAUACUGUUGACACUCUGUGACUUUCUUUGUCAUAACUGUUUUAUGGCCUAUACGCUUUUUUUCCUCAAGACCAGUUCGUACAGCAAAUGUAGCAGUCAUUCUCCACUUUGAGCCCCCCCAGCCCCACCCCCAUACUUAUGUUUAGUGUCCAGAGAGAAGAUAAAGGCUCCGUAUGUACUUGUGCUGGAGAACACUUGAAUAAAUGUAUUGUUUUUGUGCAAAAAAA